AUGGCCGACUUGGCAAAUUUCACAGUGCAACAAAAGAUGCAAAGAGAUGCGGCAAGCAAACUAGAUGUUAUUAUUGUCGGCGCUGGCCUAGGUGGCUUGGGAGCUGCCAUCUCCAUCCUGCUUGCUGGUCACGAUGUGACGGUUCUUGAGGCAGCGUCGAACAUUGGGGAAGUCGGGGCGGGGAUCCAGGUUCUACCCAACGCAGUGCGAGUGCUCUUUUCAUGGGGUCUAAAAGACAAACUCGAAAAGUUCGCCACCAAACCCCAGAAAUGCAACUUCAUCGGCUGGAAGGGCAACCACCUCUCAUCGAUGGACUACCACGGAUAUGCCGCCGCGGCUGGAGGUUUUCCUUUCUGGGAUUUCCACCGUGCCAACCUUCACAAAUGCCUUCUGGAUCGUGCCAUCGAACUAGGAGCGAAACUCAUCACCAAAGCCAAGGUGGAAACCUACACUGUGUCAGGGGAUGGAAGUUCAACCACCGUCUUCCUCGAAGAUGGGCGCUCUAUGACAACGGAUCUUCUCGUCGGAGCUGAUGGAAUAAACUCAAAGCUGCGAGAAGAAUUCCUCGGCAAGUCGGACCCACCCGUGUUGACGGGAGAUUUGGCCUACAGACUCCUGCUCAAUACUUCGGAGAUGCUGAAGGACCCGCAGCUGAGGCCGUUUGUCGAGAACCCUCAGGUGAACUACUGGGUCGGCCCGGAAAAGCAUGCCGUCAACUAUGUUCUCAAGGGCGGCGAGCUUUUCAACAUGGUUCUUCUGGUCCCAGACGACAUGCCUCUUGAUGGCGGCAACACUCUAGAGGGAAACAUCGACGAGAUGCGAGCCCACUUUGACGGCUGGGAUCCUCGCAUUGCAAAGAUGCUCGCCCUGUGCGAUUCAGUGCUCAAGUGGCGACUGUGCAUCCGGCCAGGCCUUGAGCCAACAUGGUCUCACCCUGGUGGCUCUUUCACCCUGCUCGGCGACGCCGUCCACGCGACUCUGCCAUACCUUGCCAGUGGAGCAGGCAUGGCCCUGGAGGACGCUGGUGUUCUUGGGCUUUGCUUAGCACGGUUGACAGACAAGUCUCAAGCUUCCAAGCAAAAGGCGCUGGACGUGUACGAGGCUUGUCGACGCGAGAGGACAGAGAACGUCGUGCGCAGAGGCACGUACAACCAGUGGAUCUACCACCUCGCCGACGGCCCGGAGCAGGUGGAACGAGAUCAGAAGUUCAGAGAGUACGGAAAGAAAGACCGACAAUGGCUGAGCGGGGAAUCGCCCGUUCUUCCAGUGUCUGCAGAGACGGGAGAAGAUCCGUUCCCGUGGAGGUAUCAUGGCGUAGGCAGAUGGCUGUUGACAUAUGAUAUGUGGAAGGACAUUGACGCCAAGUGGGAAAAGACCACACGUCCGGCUACGGAUGUUGCACCAGCUAGAGCAAGUUUAUAA